CAAGCUAGUCGAUUGAUUUCGGCGAUCGCUCCAACUCCAAGAGCUAGCAACAUCGAUCGGUCCGGCCGGCGAUGGCGGCGGCGGCGGUGCGGCGCAUCAAGCUGGGGUCGCAGGGGCUGGAGGUCUCGGCGCAGGGCCUCGGCUGCAUGGGCAUGUCCGCCUUCUACGGCCCGCCCAAGCCGGAGCCCGACAUGGUGGCGCUCAUCCACCACGCCGUCGCCGCCGGCGUCACCUUCCUCGACACCUCCGACAUCUACGGGCCGCACACCAACGAGCUUCUCCUCGGCAGGGCGCUGCGGGGCGGCGUGCGCGACAAGGUUGAGCUGGCCACCAAGUUCGGCAUCUCGUUCGCCGACGGCAAGCGGGAGAUCCGCGGCGACCCGGCGUACGUGCGCGCGGCCUGCGAGGGCAGCCUCCGGCGACUGGGCGUCGAUUGCAUCGACCUCUAUUACCAGCACCGCAUCGAUACCAGGUUGCCCAUCGAGGUCACGAUUGGUGAACUCAAGAAACUAGUUGAAGAAGGAAAGAUAAAAUAUAUUGGGUUAUCUGAAGCAUCUGCAUCAACAAUCAGAAGGGCUCAUGCUGUACACCCGAUCACUGCAGUUCAGCUUGAGUGGUCCUUAUGGUCUAGAGAUGUGGAAGAAGAUAUAAUUCCAACUUGCAGAGAACUUGGAAUUGGAAUAGUAGCUUACAGCCCACUUGGUAGAGGGUUCUUUUCUAGUGGAGCUAAACUAGUGGAUUCUCUAUCAGAUCAGGAUUUUCGCAAGCAUAUCCCUAGAUUUCGACCAGAGAAUCUUGAGAAGAAUGCUGAAAUAUUUGAGCGUGUUAACUCAAUGGCAAACAGAAAAGGAUGCACGCCGUCACAACUCGCAUUGGCCUGGGUCCAUCAUCAGGGAAGUGAUGUAUGCCCCAUACCAGGGACAACAAAAAUCGAGAAUUUCAAUCAAAACGUGGCAGCACUAUCCGUGAAGCUCACCCCCGAGGAAAUGGCUGAACUGGAGUCCUAUGCCUGCGCAGACGACGUUCAGGGCGACCGGUAUCCUCAAAUGGCCAACACCUGGAAGGAUUCUGAGACCCCUCCCUUGUCGUCCUGGAAAGCGGAGUAAUCGUCUUCGUCUGUUCAAAUACAAACAAACUCCCUGUUCACAACAGCUCAAUCUGAAUGGCAGAGCACAAAAGAUUUUGUAUGAGUGUUCAUCAGACGCGGAGCUCGCUCCUGUUGUAUAUGUUCUAUGCUUUGGUGAUGUUUAUGCCCUAAACCCUACUUGUGUGAAGGCCGGUUGUUAAGCUUGUGCGUUGCACGCAGUAUGUGUGGUAAUAAUAAAUGAAGUUUUCAAAUCA